CCGGGACUCCGGAGGAGCCUGUCCAGCCGCUCCCUUGCCUGUAAGGCGGUCCUGCCGGCGCGCAGUAGCAACCAGUCUGACUAGGCAGCGCUCGGCUCCUCCCCUCUGAAGCCGCACCAGCAGCGAAGGUGCCGGUGCCGGGUAGGCAGAACCUCCCGGGAGCGCCUUGUGCGUUGUCGCGCUCCCAUUUUGUGUCUACAGCGCAAUCUCGGCUGAGGUUCAGUGUUAGGGGGCACGUCGGGACUCUCCUGGUCCAGGAAAAUAAUAACAGAUGCUGUAACGAUGGAAUUGAGCUGCACUGAAGUACCUCUUUAUGGGCAGCUCACUGUAAAUGGAAAAUUUUACACAAUUCUCCCAGAGGAUGCUGAAUUUUACUUUGUUUAUAAUGGCUCAACACAGAGGCAUGUGGUUUUUGCCAAGCGUGUGGCUAAUGACACCCUUCAAACUAUUAUUCCAGCUCAUGGAGAACCAGAAGAUGUUUCCGUACAUGUGGUCAUGUACACAAAAGAAGGCAUGCCUGAAACUCUGGGCUACUCAUCUGUUACUUAUAAGCGGAACACAGCUUUGGAGGUAGCAUGUUUUCUGAUGAGCCAAGUGGAUUGCCUCACUCCCUCUAGUCACCACAUACUUCUAAGCAGGUUUGGUUUAAUGGCAGAAGAUUUUCAAUCACUGGACCAUGACAUUAUGCUAGCAAUGGCUCAUAAAGGGAUUCCACCUAUUUGGAACAUCAUUGGAAAUUGUUCCCAAGAUGAAUCUAAACACAAAGAGACAGUACUCCAUCUUGCAAUGAAACUGGGUUUGGUUGAACUUUCACAGUUCUUGUUAUCUCUGCCGGGUGGGAGAGAUGCAGUCAUUCUGCCUAAUGAAGAUGGGUCCACACCACUGGAUUUGGCCUUACAGAAUGGACACUCCAGUCUUGUUGAAAUAAUCACCAAAGCGCAGGUCAGCCAUCCAUUUGAGAUAUCACAAGCAGAGCUUGGCGAGAAUGCUGUCCUACAAUUUGUGCAUUCAUCAGGAUCUUUGAUGCUGACAUUUAAUCAUACCGCAGACCAUUCACAAGAAUCUGACAUUCAACUCUUCAGGAAAUACCUCUGGGACAGAGCUUUUCUUCACAAGAAUCUUGCUCCAAAGCAAAUUGAGGCACUGGGAGAACUGCAGAUGCCUUGCAACUCUACAUGUUCUGCAGAAGAUCAUGUGGACCUUGUGCCUGUGGAGCUAUCUCUGAAAAAUGAAGAUGUAACGUUUUAUACAGAUCAUAUGAUUCAGCCAGUUGAAAAUGAAAGUGGCACCUUGUUAGAUUUAGAUCAGCAGCAGUCCCCAUUUCAUGCUUUUAAGAAAUGUUCCAGUCCCUCCACCUUCUUUGGUGCAUCCAGGCUUUCUGCAAUGCUAAAUGGAAGCGAUGAAGUAUAUGCAAACCGCAUGGUGGUAGAGCAGGUAAGUGAAGUUGGUGUCAACUACCCUAAUGUAGGCCAAUCUGCUUCUGAAAAUUGCACAGACCACGUGGAGUUGAAUGAAGACCUAGAAGCACCUGCAAAUAGCAUGGACAGUGGAAAUACAUCACCUGUCAUUCCAUCUAACUCGUGUACAGCAGGCUCUUACCUGCCACUCAAGGCACAUGCAUUUAGCCACCCAAGAAAUCAACGCUAUUCCAUCAUGAAAAAACGAAGUUCCAGUCUUGAUGACUUGGAUGUAGAGAGUGUUGAUGAAAGAAGUUCAAACAGGUCCCAUCACUGCUACCCUUCAAUGCCCUUCAGCACUUCUGCUGCCUUGACUGGUAACAAGGAUGAAUUCAAUUUGUUGGAGCAAAGUACAGAUCUGGAUUUUAACAGGGCAGAAUCCCUUUCUUUGUCCAACAAUCUACAGUCAAAGGAACCAUUACUGUCUGGAAUUAGAUCUCGCUCCUACUCUUAUGCUUCACCCAGAGUCAUCUUAGGGAAAUCAUAUGGUGCACAUGACUUCACAUUAUGCGAUUCAAAUGAUGAACAAUGUGCAUAUGGCUUGACUGAACAGUCAAAAGAAAAAAGAAUUCAAGAAGACUGGGAUAAGUACAUUAUACCUACAAAAUCUGAAUCUGAAAAAUACAAAGUUAGCCGUACUUUCAGCUUUCUGAUGAACAGGAUGGCCAGUACACGAAAUAAAUCCAAGGCAAAAAAUAAAGAUGCCAAAGAAAGAGAGAAACUUUUUAAGCACCAGUUUGUGUCUGGAACUUUUGCUGGGGUAAUGCCGUGUUUUGCAUGCGAGAAGCCACUUUUGGGGAAAGAAUCUUUGCAAUGUUCUUAUUGCAAUGCAAGUGUGCAUAAAAGUUGUAAGGAUUGUGCUCCUGCAUGUACAAAAAAAUCCCAAGAGAGAUGCCACAUUAAGAACAGAACACAAGCUAUCCAGACAAAUCCAUCAUUCAGAGAUAUUCCACAGCCAGUAUUGUCCCCAGUUCAUUUUUCUACAUCCACACCUAUUGGACUGUCCUUUGUAAAGAAAGAAGGACUGCAGCAACAGCAGUCAUCCAAAAGUGUUCUAAGUUCCAGUCUUGAAAGAAAAUGUUCAUCCCCUUUGGAGCCAGACACUGAUCUUUGGAGAGCCAGGUCACACUCCGAAGAACUCUUGCAAUCGAUUGGGAGUGCAUCGUCAGUUGAGUCUUUUGUGCUUGAAGAUGAUGUUGAUGGUUCUUUGUGGAGUGACCUCAGCACCGACACCCUAGACUUUGAGGGAGAGUCUUGGAGUCUUGUGGUGGACCCUUGGUUUUGUAGCAAGCAAGAAAAGGAUGUCAUCAAAAGACAAGAUGUGAUUUUUGAGCUGAUGCAAACAGAAGUGCAUCACAUCCACACCUUGUUCAUUAUGUCUAAGAUAUUCCGGAAGGGAAUGAAAGAAGAAUUGCAACUGGACCACAGCACUGUGGACAGAAUAUUCCCCUGUUUAGAUGAGCUGCUGGAACUUCACCAGCAAUUCUUCUGUUGCAUGAAGGAGAGACGGCAGGAGUCAAGUCAGGGGGGAAGUGACAGAAACUUUGUAAUUAGCCGAAUUGGAGAUAUACUGGUACAGCAGUUUUCAGAAGAAAAUGCAGCCAAAAUGAAGAAGAUAUAUGGAGAAUUCUGUAGUCAUCAGAAAGAAGCUGUCAGCCUUUUUAAAGAGCUGCAGCAAAACAAAAAGUUCCAGAAUUUCAUUAAACUACGCAGCAGUAAUUUGUUGGCUCGGCGUCGUGGAAUCCCAGAGUGCAUUCUACUGGUCACUCAGAGAAUUACCAAGUACCCAGUGUUAGUAGAAAGAAUAUUGCAAUAUUCCAAAGAAGGAACUGAAGAACACCAAGAUUUAUGUAAAGCCCUUGGUCUGAUCAAGGAUAUGAUUGCAGCAGUUGAUUUGCAAGUCAACGAGUAUGAGAAAAAACAAAAAUUACUAGAAAUUCUCAGUAAGGUUGAAAACAAAACAUAUACCAAGUUGAAAACUGGGCAUGUUUUCAGAAAGCAAGAUUUGAUCAAGAAAGAGAGGACACUUCUGCAUGAAGGUUUAGUCUACUGGAAAAUGGCUACAGGACGUUUCAAAGAUACUUUAGCUCUGCUUCUAAAUGAUGUGAUGUUAUUUUUACAAGAAAAGGAUCAGAAAUAUAUAUUUGCAGCUGUUGACCAAAAGCCUGCUGUUAUAGCCCUACAGAAACUUAUUGUCAGAGAAGUAGCCAAUGAAGAGAGAGGGAUGUUCUUGAUUAGUGCAUCAUCUACAGGGCCUGAGAUGUAUGAAAUUCAUACCAAUUCCAAAGAGGAACGCAGUCACUGGAUGAGGCAGAUUCAGGAGGCUGUGGAGAGCUGUCCAGAGGAUGAAGGAAAAAUGAAUGAAUCUGAUGAGGACCGAAAAAUAGCUGAAGCCAGAAUAGCUAAAAUUCAAAAAUGUCAAGCUAGCUUGAGUAACAAAGACCAACAGAUCUGUAGCUGUUUGGAAGAAAAGCUUGAUAUCUAUGCAAAGCUUGGAGAUAUGAGUGGGUUUGAAGAUGUUCAUGUAGAACCACAUUUAUUUAUAAAGCCCGACUCUGGAGAAACACCUCAAGUAGCUACACUUCUAGCUGCAGCUCUCAGGGAAGUGGAAAGUCUCCAUGUGGCUGUAGCAUCGACACAGACAAAUGACACAAGCCAGGGAACAGAUGAGAGUACUAGAGAAUCAAGUCUGACGGAAGAGCUUUCUGCAACUGAUGUCUGCGAAUCUAUGACUGAUUUAACAGAAGUAAAGGGAGAUAAGUCUUCUGAUGCAGAUGUUCAUGAUACAAACAGCAUAGGAGAAAUUGAUGACCUGGAUCAGGAAGGAGACACAUGUUUCUCUACUUCAACACAGACUGAGAUCGUACAGACCAUCCAGAAUAUAACCCGUCUCUUGUACAGCAUACAGGCAGCCUUAGCCAUUCAGGAUAGUCACAUGGAAAUCCAUAAGCUUCUUCUACAGGAACAUGAAAGAUUCAGCUGGAAUCCCAGUUUUCGUAGCAGCUCUGUCUUGGAACAAGAAAAACACCAGAACUGUAAACAGAAGGAGGAACUAGCAAAUGUUCAGAAGGUUCAGCACCAGUUUCAGCAAGAGCAGCAACGGUGGCACCGCGAAUGUGAGCAACGGCAACAGGAGCACCAGACAAGGGAGAGCCAACUUCUGGAGAGGGAGAAGGAGUGCUUAAGCCAGGAGAAACUGCUUUGCAGGACCCGCGAAGAGCUGGAUGCUCAGCUGCAGGAUUAUCAGCAGAACCUGGAGAGACUCAGGGAGAGCCAAAGGAUAGUGGAGAAGGAGCGAGAAACAGUGAAGUUACAGCACAAGAUCUUGCGCCACUGGAAGCACAGCCGCCAAGGCAGUCUGCCUGGGGUGUUCUCUCCAGGGGGCAAUGAGGCAUGCAAGACUUUAUUCAGAAUCAUGGGGCAUAAUCGAUCCGACAGUUUUUGUGGUGAAAAUUCGGUCUUCAUAAAUGAAGCUGUGUUACAGAUGUCAUUAAACCACCUUAACAGAUCAAAUUCAGCUCUAGUUACCCAGGAUUAUGUACGUGGAGUAAACCAGCCAAAUUCAGAUUUAUCAAGGACUAGUGAAAAUCAAACCAGCUGCAAAAUGAACACUUCUUGUCAGCCAGCAUUUACCGGUGAGCUCUCGAAAUCUGCAGACAUCUCUCAUCAGGCAGCCUCCUCCUGCACAAGCAACACAGAGGAUUAUAAUAAUCGAAGUUGCACUGAAGAUCUGAGCAGCCAGAAGAACUCAACCAAUGAAGAUUUCAUUGGUCAUUCAAGAAUCAAUUCAGAUCUGACACCUAAAAGCCAAUUAGCCAAAUAUCAAGGCCUGAAUGCAGUGCUGAGCCAGUGCCCAAGAUCAUCACAUCAUGGCAGCAUCCAGCCAGCCCAGCCUUCAGAUGUUGUGCUGAAAAAUCUGUCUUGUGACAUGCAACAAGAUUCAGAAAAUGGAGCCAUUGAAGAAAAUAUAGUGUAUCUCUAAUCCAUCAUCAGUAGCACUUUGAGCUUUUCUAAUUGUCUGUAGUUACUUCUUUGUCCAAAUUGCUUGAGGAAAUAGUAUUUAAUAUAAAAUGCGGUUUUUCCAUAUCUAUGCUUAUACCAAUUAAGUUAUUUGUUAAACUUGUAUGUAAUAUUUAAAUGAUAGCAGACAUAAUACAUUUGGAAUGCUCAAAAAGGAACAUAAGAAGAGAGUGUUGGGCUCUAAAGCAAGCCAUGACCUGUCCUUGUGAUUGUAUCAUCCCAAUGGGACCAUGGAUGACAGCGUUCCUUUUUCAGAUUCAAGCUGCACACUCUUUGUGUAGUUCUAGGUAUAGCAGUUUCAUAAAGCAAUUUAGCAACUUCUUAAUAUAAACUGGAGAAAAUGGUGAAGACCUGUAAAAUACUGUAACUGCUGUUUGCACUUCUCAGUGGGUUCACUAGGCCUUUUUUUCUUAAAGGUACCCAUUUUACUUUGAUAUAACUAAGGAAAUGGUGGAUACAUUUCCCAGGCCACAUAAGAAGAAGAAGAGAUUGAAUUUAUAUCCUGCUCUUUAGUAUCCAAAGGAGUCUCAGAGCAGUUUAUAAUCUCCUUUCCCUUUGCCCUCCCCACAACAGACACCCUGUGAGGUAGGUGGAGCUGAGACAGCUCAAGCAGAAACUGUUCUUGAGAGGAACAGCUUCUGACAGUUAUGACUGACCCAAGGUCACUCCAGCGGUUGCAGAUGGAGGAAUGGGAAUCAAACUCGGUUCUCCCCGAUAGAGUCCACACACUUAACCAUUACACCAAACUGACUCACCACAUGACUCACAUCACAGAAUUGGCAUCAGAACCUUGAUCAUAAUAAUUGUCAUAUGACUUUGAUGAUGCGGAAAAGCCAUUUAGUUUAAUGCUUUUUCAAAGGUUCUGCUUCAAAGUUGGAGGAAUGGUAUUCAUGGUAUUGAUGGCUAGGGAAAGCUCGCCUGAAAUAUUUCUCAAAUAGUACUUGAGGCUGUCACUUUGGUUCCUAAAAGGAUGAUGGGGAGGAGGAAUAGGAUGUUCUCCCAAAUUAUAGUUACAUGAACACCUUAUUUCCACAAUGGACAUCUGAGUCUUAUGUCAUUUGAGAAAGGAUUUGAGGUGCUUGAGGAAAUGGAUCCACAGCUGCAUGCUAGUCUGCUGAAUUCCACAGGGGGACUCAGUUUACUCCAUAGUGGGGUUUUAUGUCACAAAUCCAGUCCCAUCUUGCAUACACAGAAUUUGCUUUUUCAAGUGCUCUAGGUCUGUUUUGUGAUAUAUUGCAUUAUAACUUUGUGCUUGGCUUCAGGAAGUAUUCUUUUUUGUCCUAGCAUUAAAAUUCAUCAUGUGGACAUUUACAUCUGGUGAGAAACUGAGAACAGGAGAAGAAAAAUCUAAUUUUUUUAGCUUAACCCAAUCCAGUACUUUUCCACAUGCAAAGACACAAAUCAGUGUAUUUCUUUCAGGACACAGAAAGGUUUGAUGUACUGUAGAAUAAUAAAUCUAGAUUUUCUUCUUGGCA